UAACUUAAAUGAUGAGAGAGAGAAGAGAGAGGAGAAAAGAAAAUUUGUAGAGAGAGUAAACCCACCAAGCAACUGGAUUAAGCACAGGGCUACAAGGCUUUUCGUUCUACCGACCGUAGGCCUGCAUAUCGUGGCGCGUUCUGAGAAAGGGAACAUUUUCCGGGAAAAUCGAGUGGAUAAGAAGAAUCAGAAUCGGAAUCUCACUCAAGAAAACGACCGUGUUUUUGCUCUCAUGCACAAAUCGACAUCUGACGCUUCGACGAAGGCGAUCUGAUCACGAGCGAGAUUCGCUCGAGACGGCCAUGACUUUGAGCGCGGAGUCUUCUUCUCCUUCCGCUCUAGACUGGAAAUUUUCUCAGGUUUUCGGCGAACGGAGUCCUGGAGAGGAAGUUCAAGAUGUUGAUACCAUAUCAGCAAUUGAAUUCGAGAAGAGCGGUGAUUAUCUUGCUGUUGGGGAUCGAGGUGGUCGUGUUGUUAUUUUCGAAAGGAAGGCUAGGAAUGAUAUUGUAAGGGAUUACUACAAUCAACAUGACUUGGAACAACGGGAUUUUAUGGACACUCAACAUCCACAAUUCCAGUACAAAACUGAAUUUCAGAGUCAUGAGCCUGAGUUUGAUUAUCUGAAGAGUUUAGAAAUUGAAGAGAAGAUCAACAAACUGAAAUGGUGUGCAACGCCUAAUGGAUCACUGUUUAUUCUUUCAACAAAUGAUAAGACGAUAAAACUGUGGAAGGUUAAGGAACGUAAAGUUAGGAAAGUCAAAGAAAUAGACAUUAAUCCAGUUGUAUGUCCAGAAAAUGCGGUUUUGGCUGAAAGGAGUUUCAUCGGUGGACAACAUAAACCUUCUUUGGAUAGUGGUUAUUGUUUAGAAUGGACGAAUAAAAUGGAUCACAGUGAUUCACCAUCUCAUGACGGGCUUGCCGAGGUAGCAAAUAUUGGGUAUGGUGCUCCUGCGAGAUGUCGAAAGGUGUAUGCUCAUGCCCAUGAUUUUAAUAUAAAUUCCAUCUCAAAUAAUAGUGAUGGUGAGACAUUUGUUUCUUCGGAUGACCUUAGGAUAAACUUGUGGAAUCUUGAGGUCAGUGAUCAGUGUUUCAAUAUUGUUGACAUGAAGCCAACAAACAUGGAGGAUCUUACAGAGGUGAUAACAUCAGCAGAAUUUCAUCCACUUCACUGUAAUCUGCUGGCUUACAGCAGUUCAAGGGGAUUUAUUCGGCUAGCAGACAUGCGGCAGUCGGCAUUAUGUGAUCAUAGUGCAAAGAUAUUACGAGAUGGUGAUUCCCGUGGCUCGAAAUCAUUUUUCACCGAAAUAAUCACAUCUAUAUCGGACAUAAAGUUUGGAACUGAUGGAAGACACAUCCUAAGUCGUGAUUACAUGAACUUGAAGCUAUGGGAUACACGCAUGGAGACGACUCCUGUUGCUAUUUAUAAGAUUCAUGAGCACCUUCACUCAAAGUUGUCGGACUUGUAUAACAAUGAUGCAAUAUUCGAUAAAUUUGGUUGCUGCGUCAGUGGAGAUGGUCUUCAUUUUGCAACUGGAUCUUACAGCAAUCAAUUGCGUAUUUUUUCCUAUGGAGAUGGAAGUGAAGAAGGGAUGACAAUUGAAGCUAGCAAAAAUCCAUCCAGGAAGCCACAUAUGCAAUCUGCUUCAAGAGCAAGGAGGUCAUCCCUCAGCAACUUGACACGUGGGUUUUACCGACAAGGUCACGAAAACUCUAGCCCUGGAAAUAGUGAAUUUUCUUGCAACUUGAAUUCAAAGCUUCUACAUCUGGCCUGGCAUCCGAAAACAAACUUGAUCGCUUGUGGCACUGGCAAUAGCUUAUUCUUGUACAAUGCAUAAUUCCACACUUUUAAGCGAGGCAGAUCAAGUACUACAUGUAGAUAUCCUGUUCAGAAAAACAGUUUAGAUGAUACUAUUGAAUCCCAACAAAAAUCAUGGAUGACACACGGACCCAACAUUGCUUGAAUUAAGUGAUUUAUCAUGUCAGCAAUGCCAAUACAUCAGAUAUUCAAUUGGGGAAAUCAGAUACUCCUACUUAUUUGAUUUUA